AUGUACUUCACAAGUAUAUCUACUGCUCAGACUACUGACUGUCUGCACUUGAGGGAGCAAUGUAUAAAUGAUGCAAAUGGAUGUAAGAGUGUCUGGAAUGUUGUUGAAGAUGUCUGCAAUAUUUCAGGUAAUAGAUGCAAGGCAGAAGAUGCUAUUGAAUGUAAUAGAAUCAUCCAGGUCCUGGCUGAGGAAUACCCAGAAUUUAAAAACUGUGUCUGCACUACAGACGAUCUCUGUAGCAUCACAACUUUGCUUGGGAAACAGUGCAGCCUUGAUAAAGAAUAUUUUGAAACUUCCUCAAGAUCAGAUACUGGACUGAGUUUUAGGCAACACAGAAACCCCAAAGACCAAAUUCACCCAGAAGAAUUAGAGAAUGACUGCAGUAUUGCAAAGCAACGCUGCCGAGAGGACCCUUACUGUUUUCUAGUGUAUAAGAGCUUCCAGCAAGCAUGCCAGGCAGAUGCAGCAAAAUGCAGGCUCCCGAUGGUCAACCAGGAGUGUUUGUCAGCAUGGAAAGAACUGAGGAAAACAGUUCUGGGAGAGUGCAAGUGCUCAGACCCACAUCAGCUGAGAUGCGUUAAAAUAUGGAAGGGAAUAAUUACCAACCCUUGUUUACAAUAUUCUCAAGAGAGCCAAGCUUCAGCAGCUAGUGAAAAUGAUGAUGAUCAUGAUGAUGGUGAUGUUGAUGAUGAGAAAAAUCAGGACACCGACACAGACAAUAUUAGUACGGAAACAAAAUUACACUGGAGUUUGUCUGCUCUCUCCAAACAAGCAUACACAGCAAACAGAACCUGUUUGGAUGUGAACAAGGAGUGUGUUGAAGAUGAAGUAUGUAACAAACAGUUGUCCCUGUACCUUAAGGUUUGCUCAGUAAAUAAGAAGUGCAACAUGGAAGAAUGUCAAGCAGCCAUAAGGUUCUUCUAUCAAAACAUGCCUUUUGAAGUUGCCCAAAUGAUGACAUUUUGUGAUUGUAUCCAGCCUGAUGAAUCCUGCCACAGAGCCAGAGAACUUCUUCAUGGCAAGCCCUGUGCAGUUACUGCAGUUCCACCCCCAUCAUGUCUGAAUGUAAUCCAUGUAUGUGAAGAGAAUGAACUGUGCAGGAAAAAAUACACAACUUUUCGGUCAAAGUGUUGGAGACACGUGACAAAAAAAUGCUACGAUGAUGAAGCUUGUCUUGAAACUUUAAUCAAGGGUGACAUGCCCUGUUCUGCAAAUGCUGAUUGCAAAGCAGCCUACAUUAGCAACUGGGGCACGAUGCUGCGCGUGGAGUGCACCUGCCAGAAUUUACUUCCCACAGAGCAGCCUUUGUGCAAGCUCUUCCAUCACAUGCUUCACAGCAAAUCCUGCUUCAGUGAGUUACGUCAAAUUUCCAUUAAGAAGAAAGGUUUCCAUUGGGUAAAUACAGAAAUGCCAGGAGAAAAGCUUUCCAGAGCACAGCUCCAUUCUUCUUCAAUCAAUGGUGAAACAGUCUACAUUAUUGCCUAUUCCUCCUGCAUAGUUCUCAUCCUAGGAAUAGUCCUGUUGACUCUCCUAAAGAUCAGAGCCUGCAGAACAAAACAUGAGUCAAGAAGUCCCUCACCAGACCAUUCUUCUGAAACAUUUAUGGUCCGUUAUAAAAGUCACAGAUGA